AUGGCGGCCCGAGGGAGACGGGCGGAGCCUGCGGGCAGGGAGCCGUCGGGCCCCGCGGGCGGCGGCGCCGGCGGAGGCGGCGGGAGCCGGUGGCCCGGGCCGGGCAGCGCCGGAGCCGAGUCCGGGGCGGGCUCGGGAGCCGGGGAGGAGGAGGAGGACGCGGCGGCGGCGUCGGGCCCGGCCUCGGGGGGCGUGAACCUGUUCGCCAACGACGGCAGCUUCCUGGAGCUGUUCAAGCGGAAGAUGGAGGAGGAGGAGGAGCGGCGGCGUCAGCGGCAGCAGCAGCAGAGCCCGGACGAGCCGCCCGCGCCCCCGGGGGCUGCCGCCGCCCCCGCCGCCACCCCUGCCGGCGGCGGCGAGCCGAAGAGGAGGAGCGGGCCCGGCCCGGCGGCGCUCAGCUUCGUGGGCAAGCGGAGAGGCGGGAACAAGCUAGCCCUCAAGACAGGAAUAGUAGCCAAGAAGCAGAAGACGGAGGAUGAGGUUAUGACAAGUAAAGGAGACGCUUGGGCCAAGUACAUGGCGGAAGUGAAAAAAUACAAGGCACAUCAGUGCAGUGAUGAUGACAAAACCCGGCCCCUGGUGAAAUAACUCUUGCCGCCAAGGACUUUCUGCAUUGUACAUACUUAUUUAACGCAGCAAAAGAACAAUAGCAUUUUCACCAAGGACUCAAAACACAGAAGACAAACUUGUAGCUUUCUGGCGCCAGCAGAUGAUUCUUCAAGACUUUUUAUACCUUGAGCACUUGACUUCUGAGACUUAUUAGUAUGUGGUUUACUGUUUCUCUCAAUCUUUUUCCUCCUCCCCCCCCCCCUGUCCCGGCCCUCCCCCCCCCCCCCCCCUUUCUUCCCCAUCACUUCUGGGAAGUAAAGAAUCAACUAAAUAGUUGGAGGAUUUUUGUUUCUUCUUUUUUCUUUUCUUUUUUUUUUUUAUUGAAAAGACAGGUUAGGAAAUUUGAGAAUGACUUCUCCCAGAGUUGUACCCAGGGCCUGUGUUGGUGCUGUCAUCUUUUCUAGGGGCCCUUCUGGUUUGAUAGACUCAGUGGUAUCUUUUGGUAAACCAUCUCUGUCCCCUGGGUAUGGUAAGGGCUUGUCAGAAACACCCCUCUUUCUGGAGAUGGGAUUUUGCUGGGGCUCUUAGCAGCCUAGCUCCUGUUUUAUUACCCUGUAAUGUACUGGGCUGUGGCAGUUUGGGUGGGGUUGGCAGGUGGCACUGGAUAAUGGAGUUCAGUGGAGUUUUGACGGUGUUCCUCACUUUUUCUUUAGAUUGACUUCUUUCCUCUGCCCAAGUCUCCUGUGACAUUUAUUCUCUUCCCCAUGUCUUCUAUUUCUCCCUCCCCCAGAUGUCCUUACCCCUUUCUCCAGGGCCCCUUUGAGUCUUUAUGACCUUCAAAGGGAGUUUCAACAUCAGAGACUUCUAUUGUAACUGGUUGGCCUGCUGUGAGGCCAGUAUCUGUGCCAACCCCCUCACCUUCAGGUGAAGCAAGACUCUUCUAAAACUUAUUUUUAAAAAUAACUUGGUAUCCACAUGCCCUAAAUCCAAGUUUCCAUAUUUCUGAGCCCCUUUCCCCCUGGCCCACUCCAAAACUUAAACCUCUUGCUUGCCCCAUUGCAUCCCUUUCAUAAAUGUGAUGUUUUUUGAGUAUGUAUUUUCCUCUGAAGGCUCUUGUCUAAGGCCAUGUUUCAGGGACACCUCAAAUUUAACUUUUUGAUUUUUGCCUUUAUUGUAAUAUCCCCUUCAGCCUGUGUUUAGGUGCCUGGGGAAGUGUGGUGGGGCAAGUGUUUCUUGUGUGUUGUGUUGGGAAAAUGUUGAAGGGACAAUUCUUUUGACCCAGCGUGUGUCUGUUGCCCUUUGGCUAGGGAAAGUGAACCUGACUGGGGAGUGAAGACUGUCCCUUACCACUGAAUGAUGUUUCUGUCCUAUCCCAGUUUAAUGUCCUAGGUAGCUUUGGGGGCAAGUUUCACCCUCUCCCCCCCAAGGCUGGUUGGGGCAUUUGCUCCUUGUGCUUUCCCUUUUCUUCCUAAAAGGCCCCUUUCCCCUCCAGUAGCAUGGAUGGUGCUUGUCCCUGGACAGUGAGGUAAUGCUUCAGGAUGCAGGGGGGUGGUAAGGGUGUAGUUCCUGCUCUCUUGUGGUGCUGCUCUGCUUGUCUGAACUUGGAGUAGCCACUGGUCAUUUUUCCUACUUCUGGCUCCCUUUCUCUCCCCCCACACAUGUCCCUUUGUGUGGCCCCCUUUACCUUUACCCAAGGAAUUAAUGUUUAAAAAUGCUGACUUUAAAUGAAAAUAAAAAAGUGAUCUAAGA